UUGACAACAAAAGGGCAGUAACGACAGUGGUCGUCCCGGUAAACACAAUAUCGACCAUUCAUAUCUGUCUAUUCCCAAUUCAGCGACCAAUUCGUGGACAUUUUUCAGGCCAGGGACAAGUUUUCCGUUGGGUCAGCACAGAUGUCAACAUGUCCGCGAAGACAGACCAACUUCUUGUCGUCGUGUCUAUCCUUGAAGGACGCCACUUCCCCAAGAAUCCUCGGCUCAGCCUGGUGGUUCAGGCGAGCUUUGAUGGAGAGCAGCUGGCCACGGACCCGGCCGAGCACAGGGAGCAGCCCCAGUUCCACACGGAGCUGGCCUGGGAGCUGGACCGCAGGACGCUUCACCAGCACAGGCUGCAGAGAACUCCAAUCAAGCUUCACUGCUUCGCUGUCGAUGGCGUCAGCAAGAAGAGAGAGAGCGUCGGCUACAUCGUCCUGGACCUGCGCUCGGUCCAGGAGGUCAAACAGGAGCCCCGCUGGUUUCCGCUGCUGAGCAGUAAAUAUGUGAAGCAGAGGCCGAGCCUCCUCCUCGCCGUGGCGCUGGAGAACGACUCCAAGCCGUCCGGAAGCAGCCCCGAUCGGUUCAAAGCCAGGAAAGCCCCGCCCCGACAAGGCUCCCCCUCAGUCACUGACCUCCUCCCAGACAAGCUGGAGGCCGUGCUGGUCCCAGACAAAGGCUACCACCAGGUGGGACCUGCGGACCUCUGCUCCGACAUGUUCGUCCUGUCGGUCACCGUGGCCUUCGCCACCAAGCUGGAACAGCUCAUCCCCAGUUCCCUGACGCUGUCCUCUGAAGGCCACAGCUUCUUCUUCUACUACUGUCUGCUGGGAAACGACAUCUCCAGCGAGCCCUUCCACAACCUGCUGAGUCCCGACUUCCAGCCGGAGCGUGCGUCGGUGCGGCUCCGCAGCAGCCCGGCCGUCCUCCAGGCCUUCCUGUCGCGGCAGCCUGGCUUGCAGGUCCACCUCUGCUGCGGGAGUCGCUCUCUGGGCAGUGCAGACGUCCCGCUGUCCCCGCUGUCGGCCGCUCCCUCCCACCUGGACGCCGCACCGGCAACGGUGGAGGGAGCGUUCGUCCUGCGGCCCCCUGACUGCGUCCGGCGGCGGCAGCAGCCCGAUCUGCCCGCCGACCAGCAGCCCACUGUGGGAGUGGCCGUUCUCCUGCGGAGGGAGGAGCUCGCUCCGCAGGUACGCUCCCCCCCGGCACCGUCUCCUCCUGGAAGCCCCCCUCUGCUCCGGCAGCCGGCGUCCCCUCCUCGUCCUCCUCCCUCCUGUCACACAGAGAGUGAGGUGGAGAGUCUGCUGGAAGAGCUCCAGCGCGGCGGAGAGUCUGCGGCGCCGGCAGAUUCGGAGGUUCCCGCUCAGAUUCCCAGCGAACCGCCCGAUGCUCCUGCGGCCUCGUCGCUCAGCGUCUCCGCUCCCAAAGUGUCCAUCCCCUCCUCCGCACAUCACUUCUGCUUCUCCCUGGACCUCUGCAGCCUGAGGAGCCUCCGUCUGACUCACCCCAUCGCCGCCACCCUCAGGUAUUCGUACCGGUUCUUCGGCAGCGCGGCUCCCAUCAUGACCAACCCCCCGGUGGAGCUGCAGCGGAACGCGGAGGUCUUCCUGCCUCAGUCCUUCUGCGCCUUUGACUUCGCUGCCUUGCCACAGCAGCUGCACGACACCUUCCUGAGAGUCCCCCUGGUGGUGGAGCUGUGGCACAGAGACGCCGGCAGCGGAGACCAGCUGACGGGCCGGGCCUCCAUCCCUCUGUCGGGGCUGUUGAGCCCUGACGGGGGCCGGGUCUGGUCCACGGCGGAGCGGGGCUGCCCACACACCCAGCAGGACGUGGUGCCCGUGCUCUCUGCUCUCAGACCCACUGAGAGGGUGGCAGAACUACGCUACACCGCCACGCUGCAGGACCUGGGACUGGUUAAAGCCCCAGAGGUCAUCCUGUCAGACUCAUCUCAGAAGGAGGCUCCGGUCCACACGCAGCCUCCUCCUCCCCAUCGGGGGGGCCAGGCCCCCGCUGACCCCACCGUGCUGCCGCCGCCGCCGGCCCCCAGAGAGACCCUGGAGUAUCACGCAGCCCUGGAGCUGGAGCUGUGGAAGGAGGAGCAGGAGAGUCAGUUUGAGGAUCAGUUGAGGAAGAAGGAGCUGACUCACAUGCAGGCACUGGCAGAGGAGUGGAGGAAGAGAGACCGGGAGAGAGAGGCAGUGAUGAAGAAGAAGGAGGUGGAGUACGGCCUGCUGGAGGAACGGCUUCAGAAGACUCUGUCCGACCUGGAGAGGAGGGAGAAGCUGCUGGCUGAGGCCGAGCUGGAGACCCGCAGGCUGCAGAGGGAGCUGCAGGCUGAGCACCAGCUCUCCCAGAGGGAGCUGCAGGAGAGCAGCAGGCGGCUGCAGCAGCAGUGUGACCACCGGGUGGCGCUGGAGAGGGACAAAGUGCAGCUGCUGGAGGAGGAGCGAGGCCGGCUGCUGCAGCAGAUUGCAGAUGGCGAGUGUCGGUACAAGCAGCUAGAGAAAGAGUUUUCCCUGUACAGAGAGCAGCAGAGCAGCAGGCCUGAGGUCCGGCUGCAGGCUGACGUCAAUCUGCUCACUCUGGAGAAGGUGGAGCUGGAGAGGAAGCUGGAGUCCACCACCAAGUCCAAGCUUCACUACAAGCAGCAGUGGGGUCGAGCUCUGAAGGAGCUGGCCAGAUUUAAACAGCGUGAGCAGGAGAACGCCAUGACGAGGCUGAAGAAGCAGCAGGAGGAGCUGGAGGCCAUGAGGCUGCGGUACCUGGCAGCAGAGGAGAAGGAGGCGGUCCGGCAGGACCGACAGGAGCUGGACGGCAUCAGGAACCAGCUCAAUAGAUUAAAACAGCAGGAGGAGACAUUAGCCCCUCCCCCUGUUGUAUCUGACCCCGCCCCCAACGUGUCUGGCCCCGCCCCCAGCCCAGGUCUCACUGAGAGUGCAGAGGAGCACCUGAGCCGCCUGCUGGAGGAGCGAGACACGCUGCUGAGGACUGGCGUGUACAGCCACGAGGACUGGAUCAUCUCCGAGCUCAACCGACAGAUCCAGGACGCCAUCCGGGACAGGAAGCAGCUCUGACCAAUCACAUCCAGGACGCCAUCCGGGACAGGAAGCAGCUCUGACCAAUCACAUCCAGGACGCCAUCCAGGACAGGAAAUUGCUCGGACCAAUCAGAUCCAUUGAAGCCAGAGCCACACAUCAGAGCGAUGAAUCCAAAAAGACAGCCUUGAGAUGUCGUCCAACAGGAAGAGCUGAGACGGCCUAAGAAUUCUGCUAAAAAUAAUCUCUGUUAAAUUAAAGGUUACAUUAAUAUAAGUUAUAUUUAGUUGUUAGGGUCUGGUUAGGAGUACAGUACUGCUGAGGUUUCAGUGUGACAGCAGGUGGCGCUACAGUCUCAGAUAAACCUCCCAAUACUCCUGCAGACAGAAAGAUGUUAAUUUAUUUUUUUUUAUUAGUGCUUUGAGAUGUGUA